AUAGAGAGAAGCAUAUUUUGGUGGUCGACCACCGCCAUAACACGAGCCCAACCAGAAGAGGGUCCUAAAAUCUCCUAAUCGCGCGGAUCUCAAUCCGCCAUCGAAUCGCCACAAAUCGCACAUCUGGCUUGCCCACGUUCCCUUAUCCACUCUCGUAUACUACGUGGCGGAGAGCUACUCAGGGAAUCUCCAACCUGCUGACACCUGUCCAACUCGAGGACACGUGGCACGAACCCAGCAGGCCAGAAAACCUUCGCUACACAUUGAUUCACCCAACAGUACUCUAUAUAAAGGAAGGUUAUGGAGCUUGUUUAAGCAAUCACAGCUCACAGCAAAGCAAAAACCAAAUCAAACACACACACAGAAAUCAAAUCAUCCCAAGUCGGUCAGAAACACAGUUUGAAGGGGGAGAAAAAUGCAGUCUGCCAAGGAAACCGCAUCCAACAUUGGGGCCUCUGCCAAGGCGGGGAUGGAGAAGACCAAAGCCAGCGUCCAGGAGAAGAUGGAGAAGGCUUCGGCACACGACCCUAUGCAGAAGGAGAUGGCGAGGGAGAAGAAAGAAGAGAGGAAAGCCGAAGCCGAGGCCAUGAAGCAAGGCACCAAAGCCCAGAACGCGGCGGCGAAGCAAGGAGAGCGGCUCACCGGCGGGCAUGGGAACUACAGCACCGGAGGCACCGGCACUACUGGGCAUCUCCCUGGUUCCGGGACAGGUGGCAGUCUGAUUUAAACCGGCUGACGAGACCCAUAGAGAGUCCGGCCGGUGUGCUGUAAUGUCAUCUUUGUUGUGUUUUUCUUCUUGUUUUUGUUUGUAGUUUGUUUUGAGGGUUGGAAAGGAGCAGUGGUUUGAAGUGUAGUAAAGUUGUAUGUCGCAGCGUUGCUCAGUUCUGUAGUAGCAGCGUUUUGCUCUUUCUGUAUCUGAGUUUAAAUGGAAUAAAAAAGGUGCUCCUCCUUGUAGCUAGCUCUCCACUGUGAAAAUUUGGUUUAAUAACCUUACAAGAAAGGU